UGGCACGCCAGUUUUGCUGUCUCUGUCCAGAUGUUUGAGAAGUGGAGCAAGGGAUUCAAUCGACCAUCCUUCCUGCUCAGACUGUGGGGAGGAAUUCACUUGGUCAUCUGACCGACUGGCAUGCCCGUCAUUUUACACAGGGGAAAGGCCGUUCACCUGCUCAGACAGUGGGAGUGGAUUCACUCGGUUAUCUCAAUUGAAGGUACAUCAGCAAGUUCACACUGGACAAGGCCAUUCAUCUGAUCUGUGUGUGAGAAGAGAUUCAGUCGGUCUUCCCACCUGUGGACACACCAGGCAAUUCACACUGGGCAGGGCUGGUCAUCUGCUGAAUUUGUGGGGAAGGAUUCACUCGGUCAUCUGACCUAAUGGCUCACCAGCGGGUUCACACUGGGGAGAAGCCGUUCACCUGCUCAGUCUGUGGGAAGAGAUUCACUGAUUCAUCCUCCCUAAAGAGACAUCAGCGAGUUCACACUGGGGAGAAGCCAUUCACCUGCUCAGAAUGUGGGAAGAGAUUCACUGAUUCAUCCGACCUACAGAGACAUCAGCGAGUUCACACUGGGGAGAAGCCGUUCACCUGCUCAGUCUGUGGGAAGAGAUUCACUGAUUCGUCCACCCUACAGAAACACCAGCGAGUUCACUCUGGGGAGAAGCCGUUCAACUGCUCAGAAUGUGGCAUGAGAUUCACUGAUUCAUCCCACCUACAGAGUCACCAGCGAGUUCACACUGGGGAGAAGCCGUUCACCUGCUCAGUCUGUGGGAAGGGAUUCAGUCAGUCAUUCACCCUACAGAGACAUCAGCGAGUUCACACUGGGGAGAAGCCGUUCCCCUGCUUAGAAUGUGGGAAGAGAUUCACUAGGUCAUCCAGACUACUGGCACACCAGUCAGUUCACACGGGGGAGAGGCCGUUCACCUGCUCAGAAUGUGGGAAGAGAUUCACUUGGUCAUCCUGCCUACAGAGUCAUCAGCGAGUUCACACGGGGGAGAAGCCAUUCACUUGCUCAGAAUGUGGGAAGAGAUUCACUGAUUCGUCCACCCUACAGAGACAUCAGCGAGUUCACACUGGGGAGAAGCCAUUCACCUGCUCAGAAUGUGGGAAGAGAUUCACUCAGUCAUCCGAUCUACAGAGACAUCAGCGAGUUCACACUGGGGAGAAGCCGUUCACCUGCUCAGUCUGUGGGAAGAGAUGCACUCAGUCAUCCGAUCUGCAGAGUCAUCAGCGAAUUCACACUGGGGAGAAGCCAUUCACCUGCUCCAAAUGUGGGAAGAGAUUCACUGAUUCAUCCCACCUACAGAGUCAUCAGCGAGUUCACACUGGGGAGAAGCCGUUCACCUGCUCAGAAUGUGGGAAGAGAUUCACUCACUCAUCCAACCUACAGAGUCAUCAGCGAGUUCACACUGGGGAGAAGCCGUUCACCUGCUCAGUCUGUGGGAAGAGAUUCACUAGGUCAUCCGGACUGCUGGCACACCAGUCAGUUCACACGGGGGAGAGGCCAUUCUCC